UCUGCAGACUGCUGCAAACUGCCCUGCAGGAUGAGGGAGAAAAUGUCUGUGUGUUUGUGUGAGGAGGCACUGUGUGAAUGUGAGUAAGAGACAGAGAACUGGCAGAGAGGGGCGGUGGAAGAGCGAAAGAGGGGGAGUUUUCUCUCCAUUACAGCACUUUUUCUGUCGGUUGUUUGUGUCAGCAGUGGAGAGAGUACACAAACAGAGCCCAAGAGAGGAAGGCUUCGAGGAGAAAGAGAAAGGAGACAAAAAAACUUGGCUAUCUGAUACCUUGAAUUUUUUCAGCCACCAUGGAGCACAACGGAGAACCUGAGACAGGUUCUAAUGAACUGAAACAAGAAGAGUUGCCGCAGAUGGACGGUUCAUGUGAUGCGUGCGAGCCUGAUGAGGCCCAGCCAGCGACACAAGUGUGCCCCAUCUGCAGUUUUGCCUUCUGCCCCAUCCAUGCAGACAGACACGCCAGUAGCACGCAUCAUGUGCUAUUGCCCUAUAACCCCGAAGCCACCCAGGCUAAUGGUCUUGGCACAAACAGGGACUCCAGAGUUGGAGGCGCAGCUGAGGAUGAAGCUGUGGGAGAGAUGGCAGCUGAAAUGGGUGCAAAUCGUGGGAUGGCACCUCUUGGAGUGGCAGUAGUUAAUGGGAAUGAGAGGGUUGAUCUUGAGGAAGGAGAAGGAGCCCAUAACUCUCCACCUGUGGAAGCAGAGCUCGGCGAGGGAGCUGAGGGUGCAGAAGCAGGGCCAGAGGCUGGGGCUGCUGAAGACAAUGGGAAGAGAAACACCGUGACAGUAGAGAGAUUGCGUUGCAAGGAGCAUGGCCAGGAGGGCUCCCUCUACUGUAAACCUGAUGAAAAGAUCAUCUGUGUGGUGUGUGCUGUGCAAGGUGAGCACAAGGAACAUGAGAUCAUAACUCUGCAUGAAGCCUACGUUUGGCAGAAGAGCAGGCAGGGUUAUGACCUGCUGGGCUGUACACAACAGAUGGCUGAGAAGAUCAAGACCAAGUGGACCAACCCUGAGAUGUCUACUGAGGAACUUGAGGAGUAUGUGAACAGUCAGUUUGAGGAGCUCCGCAAAUUGGUGCUACUGGAAGAGAAGAGGACCCUUCACCUGGUAGACCUUAAAGAAGCAUUCCUCACAGCAUCUGCUGCUGAGAAAAUCGCAGAGAUUACUGUUGAGACUGAAAAGCUUCAGGAAGAAAUGGCCAACAUAACACACCAGCUAUGCCUGCUGGAGCAGGCUGAGGCGCAGGCAAUAGCUCCUGUAGUGGCAGUAGAGGCCCUUUUAGCAGGGCCUGGAGCAGCUCACAGAGUGCCGCACAACAUUGAGGCCAGGCCAAGGCUGCCUGAGCCACGAGCAGAGCCCAUGAACCCACGGGACUUUGAAGACAAUGAUUCUGGACCAUCAAUGGACCACGCCCCCUGAUACAAGAAGAUCAGACUCUUAUUACGUCCACCUGUCCUUCACUGUCUGCUUCAGCCAGCCAUCAGCUCGCUUGAGCUGUCAGGCUGGCCCUCUCUCUGUCAGCCAUCUCCCUGGGACCUCGCCCUCCCCUUUCAGUGCCUGCUGGCAGUAAAGUGACCUUGAAGAAAGCUACUGUGACAAAUAUGGAUAGCCACAUCUUUUCUACUCAAACUUUUCUAAUUCCUCACUAGCUACUAACUUUCUUUAAUUGAAGCACGCAAGUUAUGUGCAAUCAAUUACCAUCAGGCUCAAUUUUCACAGCCAGUCAGAUCCUUGGCUUACUGGUGAGCCUGGCUGACUUAGACGGUAGCCUGGGUAGGCAGCCGAGCAAAGCAUAUGUUAAGCCCAAACUGAUGUCAGCAAUAGGAAAUUCUUUGACACGGUGCACUUCACUCUUCAUUUAUUUGCAAUAUCAUUUUGGCUCUGCUGUCUUGACAAACCCUCUGGACACUCUCAGAUAUAAAAAGGGAGCAUUUCUCAGAUGCCACAAUGCCUUAGAUUGUCAAGAGAAUUUAUUGUUCUGGGUGUUUUAUGUUGAUUGUAUAAAAGGGGGGGGGGGAAAGGAAACUGUCAUAUGUGCUUUAUAUCAUCCUGUUGCUUUCACCUUCUCUUUUCCCCACAUCCUCUGCCCUACCCUGUCUCAGAAGGCUUGUAGAUUUGUGCCACUUCCUCAUGUGCUUGUCAGAUUCAUUAUCAAAGGUGGGGGGACAUUUUGACAUCUAUCGAUCGGUGAAUGUUGCUGACUCUUUGUUAGGUGAAAAUUGAACCACAUUUUGCGCAAAACAGCUCUCCAGCAGUUAUCACCUUUUAUGUACUGUAAUGUAAAGGCUCAUUACUCCUGGCCAAUCUGCACCGAGUGACAGAUUACAGUCCAGACAAGUGUAUGCACCUCCUACCUUGACCUGCUCAUCCAUACCUUUCAUUUAUGAUGUACUGCCAUGUCUGUCUGUAUCAGCAGUUUGUUUUUAAUGUGAUUGAUUCUGUUGCCUUAAAUCCACAAUUGAAAGCUGUGUCACCCAUAAUAUGUGGGACAAGUUUGACAACAACAUGACUUCACCACUGUAGCACUACACUAAGAUGCACUGAGCGUAUACCUUCCCAAGGGAAAUGUUGGUGUGUCAACAGUCUAUUGAAAAAACUGAAAGCGCUUUUUUCUUUUUUCCUAGUAUAACAGCACACAGGAGUCUGGCUAUCUGAUGUUUUCACUUGUUUUUAUUUGUCUAUUUUUGUCUUAAAUCUAUAAAUAAACUGCUUGUUUCUUAGAUUGGAUG